CUGUGUUGGUCACCCGGCGCCAUGAAGUGCGGCCGGCCUCUGGGUCUGCUCCUGCUCUUUGGGCUCGGUGCACCGUCGGCCCAGCUCUUCAUCCCGCCUGGCGGGGCGAAGCCGGCGCCCUCUCCCGAGAGCGUCGUCACCAUCGCCGUAACCGCCAGCGAGGUGGGCAUGGGAAGCCCGAGCAGCGCCACGCCUGCCACUACCUGGGCGGCGGUAACCGUUACCGAUGCCCCGACCACGCAACAGCUCCAGAUCGUGAUUGACAUGGACAGAGUGGCGGUGCAGGCCGGGGGGACGGCCGAGCCCAUGCGGCGCAUCAUCGAGGUCAGCGGUGGCGCCGACGCCAACCGCUCGGCAGUGACCGGAUUGCCGCCGCCCGCCAGGGAGGUGGAGGAGGUGUUGGUGAGGCUGACGCCGGCCACCGAGGAGACUCUUGGCACCAGCACGGCCAGCAGCACUACUUUCUCGCCAUCGGUGCUGGUGGAGGAACAGGUGCCGAGCAGCACACCCACGGCUGCUCCCAAGGGCGACCAACCGGAGCCCACUGGUGUGCUAGGCCAGGCUUGGCAGCAGCAGCUGGAGAAAGGCCCCCUCCAUGACGACGGGGCAUCGCCGACAAAGCGGGUGAAACAAUGGCACGACACCGAGGAGGAAGCCGAGCCUGAGAAACCUAAACGUGCAAACUCCAGUAGGAAAUCCAAACCCAACGGCCCUGACAAGAAGAAAACUCUCCUCAUCGCCGAGGAGGGGGAAGGCACUUUGCCGCCUCUCUCCAUCACCAAAACCUCACAAGUUUACCUCCUAAUAAAAGAAGUUGACGUGAACCCUAAGGAAUUCCAGAGGGAGACUGAGAUUCCUGUGAAGAUUCAGAUUCUUACUGCGGAUACAGCCACCAGCACCGAAACCAUCAUCACCCAAUCUACGGACACUACCGUUGCUUCCAUAGACUCUGAGGGCGAUGAAACAGUCAUUGACAUCAAUGACAAAAGCAUUCGCAUUGAGGAAAAAGUUGAGAAAACGAUAACUUCCAACCCAAAGUUCAAGGAAAUGUACGUUGAGCAACUGGUGGAUCACUUUAGUUUCAACGCCCACCGAAAGACUUUUCGUCAGCGGUAUCUUAUAACAGAUCAAUUUUGGUCAAAAAGCAUUGGACCAAUUUUCCUUUAUACUGGAAAUGAAGGUGAUAUAUGGGACUUCGCUAAAAACUGCGGUUUCAUCUCUGAACUAGCAGCAGAGCAGCAGGCUUUGGUCAUUUUUGCUGAACAUGUAAGUUUCCUCGUAGUCUUAAAACGAUACUAUGGCAAAUCCCUUCCUUUUGGCAAGAAAUCAUAUGAGAGAAUAAACAUCGAAUUUUUGACAGUAGAGCAAGCUAUAGCAGAUUAUAUUCUACUUAUUACAAAACUGAAAUCAGAGCUUGAUGCUGAAAACUGUCCUGUGAUUGCAUUUGGUGGCAGCUAUGGAGGAAUGUUAAGUGCAUAUAUUAGAAUUAAGUAUCCUAAUAUUGUGGAAGGUGCUCUGGCAUCAAGUGCGCCUGUCGUGUCUGCUGCAAAUAUUGGAGAUAGUCGGCAGUUUUUUCAUGAUGUCACUAUAGAUUUUGAGCGGGUUUCGCCUGAUUGUGUUUCAAAAAUCCGAGAAGCUUUCAAAGAACUGGAAAAGUAUAUACAGCAACAAGCAUGGAACAAAAUUGGCAAUGAACUAUCUUUGUGUAAGCCAUUGAAAUCAAAAAAAGAAGCUGAUCAUCUAUACGGAUGGGCACGAAAUGCUUUUACGUAUUUAGCGAUGUUUAACUACCCAUAUGAGACUGAAAUGGGAUUGCACUUUCCAGCAAACCCAGUGGAUGUUGCAUGCCAUUACAUUAUUCAGAAGAGUGAACUUAUUGGAGGCUUACUAUCUAUAUUAAAUAUGUUUUAUAACUCAACGGGGACAAAAAAAUGCUUUGAUAUCUACACUGAAUAUCAACAUUGUGCUGAUCCGACAGGUUGUGGCUUGGGCUCUGCAAGUCAAGCAUGGGAUUUCCAGGUUUGCACAGAGGUAAACCUACUGUAUGAAACCAACAAUGAGACCGAUAUGUUCCCAGUACUUCCCUUUACUGAAGGAAUGAGGAGGAGUUAUUGUCACAGUAAAUGGGGUGUAUAUCCCAAUACAGAAUGGCUAAAAAUCCAGUACUGGGGAGAAGAUUUUAAAGCCGCAAGCAAUAUAAUAUUUUCUAAUGGCGAGUUGGAUCCAUGGGCAAAUGGUGGUAUACUCAGAAAUAUGACCCCUUCUGUGGUUGCUUAUAUUAUAGAGGGAGGAGCACAUCAUCUUGACCUGAGAGCAUCUAAUCCAGCUGAUCCACAAUCAGUUACUAUAAUUCGUAAAAGGGAAUCAAGUAUCAUCAGUGAAUGGGUGAAAAAGUAUCAGCGUCAUUCUGUUUGACAAGUUAGAUGUGACAUCUGAUAACGUUGAACCA